AUGGCCGCCAAGUACCACCAUCCCUACACACCCUACGAUGUCCAGAUGCAGUUCAUGAAGACGGUGUACGACAUCUGCGAGCAGGGCAACGGCCAGGUCGGCAUCCUCGAGUCGCCCACGGGCACGGGCAAGUCGCUGUCGCUGCUGUGCGCGGCGCUGACGUGGCUGCGGCAGCACAAGCGGGCCAAGUACGAGGCGGCCUUGGCGGCCCCGGCCUCCUCGAUCGCGCCGGACGAGCCCGACUGGGUGGUGGAGCAGAUGCUGCGGCAGCGGCGGGCCGAGCUGGCCGGGCGGUGGGAGCGGCGAGAGGCACGACUGGCGGCGGCGCGGCGGCGGGAGCAGGCGGCGGCGCAGAGCCGACAAGGACACGUGGACCGGGGUGGGAAGCGGCGGCGGACGGACGAUGGCGGGCCACGGUCGCGCGCCAAGCGGGCCGAGGACGACGAGGAGGCCGCGUUUUUGCUCGGCGAGGGCGACGACGAGACCGCCAGCGACGACCGCCUGUCGUGGUUCUCGGCGGAGACGCGGGCCAUGAUGGAGAAGGCCGGUCUGGUGGCGGGUACGUCGAGCAGUGCUGAUCGUGGUGACGACGACGACGAUGCCGACGGGGAGGACGACGUCAAGAUCUACUAUGCAUCCCGGACGCACUCGCAGCUGGCGCAGUUUAUCGCCGAGCUGCGGCGGCCCUCCUUUCCGUCGGCGAUGCCGGACGGGGUGAAGGCGGCGGACAGCAAGAACGGCACACGUGCGUGCGAGCCCGUCAAGCACGUCCCCCUGUCGUCGCGCCAGCGGCUGUGCAUCAACCCGGCCGUCGCCCGCCUCGGGUCCGUCGCCGCCAUCAACGACCGGUGUGCCGAGCUGCAGAAGCCAAAAAAGAAGACCACAACAAACGACGACAGCAAAGGCGGAUGCACGUUCCUGCCCGCCCACAACCCCUCCGCGGCCCUGCAGUUCCGCGACACGGCCCUCGCGACGCUGCCCGACAUCGAAGACCUGUACCACCUCGGCACCCGCCUGCACGUCUGCCCCUACUACGCCUCCCGCACGGCCGUCCCGGGCGCCGAAAUCGUCACGCUGCCCUACCCGCUGCUGCUCCAGAAGGCGGCCCGCGAGGCCCUGGGCAUCAAGCUCGACCGCCGCAGCAGCAUCGUCAUCGUCGACGAGGCGCACAACAUUAUGGACGCCGUGGCGAGCGUGCACGCGGCGGCGCUCACGCUGUCGGAGCUCCGGCGCGCGCGCGCGCUGCUGGAGGUCUACGUGCGCCGCUUCGGCAAGAAGCUCAAGGGCACGAGCCGGGUCAUGGUGGGCCAGCUGGCGCGGGUGAUGCAAGGGCUGAGCGCGUGGCUGACGACGACGCUCGCGACGUCGUCGUCGUCGUCAGCGUCGUCGUCGGGCGGUUCCGGCAUCGUCGACCCGACGGCCCUCCUCAUGCACAAGGGCGCCGACCAGAUCAACCUCUUUGCCCUGGUCAAGUACAUCCAGGAGGCCAAGCUGGCCUACAAGGUGGAGAGCUAUGCCGCGUACCUUGAGGAAGAGGGCGAGACAGCCGACAAGGACAAGGGCAGUCCUGUGCUGCACACGCUGUCGUCGUUUCUGCUGGCGCUGACCAACCUGGCCAGCGAGGGACGCAUCUUUUACGAGGUUCUCGCGAGCCGCAGCGAGGGCAGCGACGUACGAGCGGCCGACGGAAAAGACAAAGACAUUCGUCUGUCGUACCUGCUCCUGUCGCCCACCCACGCGUUUGCGUCCAUUGCCGCCGACGCCCGCGCCGUCAUCCUGGCCGGCGGCACCAUGGCGCCCUUUGCCGACUACCGCGCGCAUCUGUUCCCGACGCACGCGCCCGGCGCCAUCACCACGCUGAGCUGCGGCCACGUCAUCCCGCCCGAGAACCUGUGCGUGUGGACGCUGGGCGGCAUGCAGAAAGGUGGUGGUGGGACCGUCUUUGACUUUUCCUUUGCCAAGCGCAGCCAGCUGCCGGUCGUGCGCGACCUCGGCGCGGCCCUCUUGAAUCUGUGUACCGUCGUGCCCGACGGCGUCGUCGUCUUCUUUCCGAGCUACGGCUACCUCGACGAAGUGGUCCGGGCGUGGACGACGAGGACAGAGGGCAGCACGGUGCCCGCUCUGUGGGACCGGCUGCAGGCCAAAAAGGCCGUCUUCCGCGAGACACGAGGCGCCUCGUCCGACGACGUGCUGGCCGCCUACUCCCAGGCCAUUCUGGACCCGCCCCAGCCGCCGCCGCCCAAAACCAAUACCAAACAGGCGGGCGCCUUGCUGCUGAGCGUCGUCGGCGGCAAGAUGAGCGAGGGCAUCAACUUUGCCGACCGGCUGGGGCGGUGCGUCGUGAUUGUGGGCCUGCCGUUUCCGAACCUGCACGCGCCGGACUGGAAGGCGAGGAUGGAGUACAUUGCGUCGGCCGGGGCGACAGAGGUUGAGGCGGACACGGAGACGACCGCCGCCCGUCUCUCCGGACACGAGCGCGCCCGCGCCUUUUACGAAAACGCCUGCAUGCGCGCCGUCAACCAGUCCAUUGGCCGCGCCAUCCGCCACCGCGCCGACUACGCCGCCAUCGUCCUCUGCGACCACCGCUUCGCCGCGCCGCGCAUCCGGUCCAAGCUGCCCGGCUGGAUCCGCGGCGGCAUGGUCGAGGGGAGCGAAGACCAGGGUCUGGCGGGCAUGCUGGGCACGCUGGGGCAGUUUUUCCGGGGGAAGGGGGGGUCUGAGAAGGUACAAUGA